AUGGCUUUUUCAGUCUCUUCACUGAUGGCAUUGGUGAUGAUCUUCUCUAGCCCCAUCUCCUCCACUAGCUGCUAUCUGCCUCAGAGCCUUGACUUGAGAAAGCAGGAGACCUUCACAGCUCUGGACCAAAUGAAGACAAACUCUCUUCUUUCCUGUCUGAAGUACAGGAGCGACUUCAAAUUCCCCCAGGAGAAGCUGGAUGGCAGCCAGUUCCAGAAGGCCCAGGCCAUCUCUGUCCUCCACGAGAUGCUCCAGCAGAUCUUCGACCUCUUCCACACAGAGCGCUCCUCUGCUGCCUGGAACACGACCCUCCUGGACAACCUCUGCACUGGACUCCAUCGGCAGCUGGAAGACCUGGACACCUGUUUGGAGCAGGAGACGGGAGAGGAAGGAUCUGCCCUGGGAACUGUGGGCCCUACACUGGCCCUGAAGAGGUACUUCCGGGGACUCCAUCUCUACCUGAAAGAGAAGAAAUACAGUGACUGUGCCUGGGAGAUGGUCAGAGUGGAAAUCAGGAGGCACUUUCUCUUCAUCAACGAGCUCAUAAGAAAAUUCAGGAAUUCUUCCAACAAGUGUUCAGAUUCAUUUAAGGAUUUUAUCAGACUUCUGUUUCAGAUGGGAUUUGGUGACCUAUUGCAUAAGAGGGAUACAGAGCGGGAUGGCAGUGAUAUUUCUAGCUUGGAAGAUUGGCCGGCAGGGGGCGCCCGAACUCGCCGUAACCGACCAGCCGGCGCCGCCCGCACAGCGGGACCCGCCUGGGGCUCCGGCGCCGCGCACUCGGGCGCCGCUUCCACGGGGAGACCCGGCGCUUCGCCGUCCGCUGAGCCCCGGCCCGGGAGGGGCGCCGCCGGGCUCGGGGACCGCGUGGGGCCCGAGAACCGGAGUCAACGCCUCCUUCUCGGGCCUGACGCCGAGGGGAGCUGCGCCGCGGCGUCGCCAGAGCCUUUCACCGUCUGCACCUGCCCCGCGUCCAUCCGUCCUUUCCUUUCUCCUGGGAGAUCCUAG